GACAAAGUUCAUUUCAAAACAAAUAUUUGCAUUAAAAUAAUCCAAAACAAUUUAAGAUUUCUUCAAUUAUCGCACACAUUAUUUGGUCCAUUUUUAAUUCAUAACAUAGCUAAUGCUUGUUGCAGUUGUUUCCGUUUUGCAUUUUACAGUAAAAUAUGACUGAAAUUUCAAAAAUAUUUGCCGGUUGUGUUCAACAGGUCUUAAGAACUGGUACGAGAAUAACUGCUGGCCGAUCAUAUUGCACCUUCUCCGAUCUUCACUACCUCAAAACGCAAUUGGUGGGCGAAAAGAAAAAUGUUGCUCUUAUAACACUGAAUCGUCCCAAGGCCUUGAAUGCUUUGUGCAAUGGUUUAAUGUGUGAACUGAACUCCGCUUUGGAUAAUUACGAAAAAGAUGAGAACAUAGCUACUUUAAUAAUUACCGGCAGUGAAAAAGCCUUUGCUGCUGGUGCUGAUAUCAAAGAAAUGGAAUAUAAUAUUUAUGAUAAGCUAAUCAUGAACGUCAGUGCCAGUGAUUGGACGCGUAUAGCCAAAUGCCAAAAACCCCUUAUAGCUGCUGUUAAUGGUUAUGCCUUAGGAGGUGGUUGUGAAUUGGCCAUGAUGUGUGACAUUAUUUAUGCGGGUCAUAAGGCUAAAUUUGGCCAACCGGAAAUAGCUUUAGGUACUAUACCCGGUGCUGGAGGUACACAACGUUUGACACGUGUUAUCGGCAAAUCCAAAGCAAUGGAAAUGUGUUUAACGGGUAAUAUGAUAAGUGCCGAGGAAGCGGAGAGACGAGGCCUGGUAAGUAAGGUAGUGCCGGCUGAUAAACUUUUGGAUGAAGCUAUUAAAGUGGGUGAAAAAAUUGCCAGUUAUUCUCAGUUAACCGUACAGUUGUGUAAGGAUGCUAUUAAUAUGGCUUAUGAAUCUAAUUUGCACGAGGGUUUAAAAUUUGAAAAAAGAAUUCAUCAUGCUACUUUUGCAACGCAAGAUAUCCGGGAAGGUAUGGCAGCUUUUGUCGAAAAACGUCCAGCUAAAUUUAAAAACAAAUAAAAUAUUUUUUUUUAAGUUGUUCAUAAUAAGAUGAAUAUUUCGGUAAAUUAACAUAAAAAA